CAUGAUUACAAAUGGAUAUGCUAUCUAUUAACAUAGUAAUCUGAAAAGUACUUUCUGGUUUGCAUGCACUAACCUGUCAUUGAGUACUAACUCAUAAAUGCACACACAAGGGAAUAUCAUUGGUUACAGAGACUGAAGCACUCAGGAAAGGAGGCAACAAUCUCAGUCAUCAUUCAAGGAAGUAUGAGGACUUUCAGCGGCUGUCUUAUUUUUCUUCUGAGCAUCCUUAUAUUUCAAUGGGCUGGGGCACAAAAUAUCGACCCAAACAAAUUGAAAGGACCACUAGGAAACAAAGAAUUUAGAAUUCCAGAGAGAACAAGAGUACCAAUUCCAUUUCAUCAGUUUAUAUCAAAUAAGUCCAAUAUAGUCGAUUAUCGUCUGAGUGGAGAAGCAGAAGAUACAUUUCAUGUGAACAAUGAAGGAUGGAUGUAUUUAAAUAAAUCUCUUGACAGGGAAACUAAGACAAUGUACCUUAUGCAGAUAGAAGCAAUGGAUGCUGAAAACAGAGCCAUAGAUGGGCCAUAUACACUCAGCGUUACUGUCAUUGAUGUGAAUGACAAUCCACCAGUUUUUGAACACUCACAGUACCAUGGAGUUGUGAUAGAGAAUUCAAGACCAGGAAAACCAUUUAUGUAUGUACGUGCCACUGAUCAGGAUGACCCAGAAACUCCUAAUGCACAGCUGAGCUACAGCAUUUUAAACCAGAUCCCUGAUGAUGACCACCUCUUCUUUUUUCAGAUUGAUAAUGCAACUGGGGCAAUCUCUGUGACUCCAGAUGGAAGAAACCUGUUGAAUCCUUCAAAUGUCAAGGAAUAUAAUCUUUUGGUUCAGGUGAAAGAUUUAAAAGGGAUUUCUGACAAAGCUUUUUCUGCAAACGCAAAAGUGAUCAUAGCAGUAAAAGAGAAUUUGUGGAAACCGCCUAAACCAAUAACAGUCACUGAAAACUCAACAGUGCCUCAUCCCCUGAAAAUCGCUCAGGUGCAAUGGAACGAACCAGGUGCAGUCUAUGAGCUUCACCAGAAGGAACGAUAUCCUAAGUUUCCAUUUUCCAUUGACAAAGAAGGCAACAUUUAUGUGACAGAACCACUGGACAGAGAAGAACGUGAUUAUUAUACUCUGACGGUAUUUGUAAAGGAUAUAAAUGGUACAGAACUGGAUACACCGCUGGAAAUCAGAGUUGAUGUGGAAGACAUUAAUGAUAAUCCUCCUGUCUGUGCGGAUUCUUUCACAGCUUUUCAAGUUCAAGAAAGAGCAAGCAUGGGUACUCAUAUUGGCACCAUAAGAGCAUAUGAUAAUGAUAGAGAAAAAACUGAAAAUAGUAUAUUGUCAUACUAUUUGGAAAGUCAGGAGCCGCAGGUCCCAUCAUCUUCGAUGUUCCGUGUAGAAGAACUCACCGGUGCCAUUCAGUUAAUGGACAGGCGGCUUGAUAGGAGGAUCACAAGCCGCUACAAUGUCACGGUGAUGGUAGCAGACAGCUAUAAUGCUACUGGAGCACUGAAAACCCAUUGCUUUGUACAAAUUACUGUCAUUGAUGUAAAUGAUAACAUUCCCAUUUUUGCACAGUCACACUAUAAUGAUAGCAUUCCAGAAGAUUAUCUUGUGGGAAAAGCAGUAUUAGUGAUUCAAGCCACAGAUGCCGACGAGCCAGGAACUGGUAGUUCAGCUAUAUUGUACAAGAUCAAAGAAGGGGAUGAUGAUAAUCAUUUUGAGAUAGAAACUGAUCCAAACACAAAUGAAGGACAUGUCAAAAUUAUUAAGCCCCUGGACUUUGAAAACAAAUCUGCAUUCCACCUUGUGGUUAGAGCCGAAAAUCCAGAGCCACUACACAGAGUGCAAUAUAACGAAAGCUGUACAGCAACAAUAAACAUUACUGUGAAAAAUGUGAAUGAGCCUCCAGUUUUCUCAGCUGUAGUAUAUAUUGCAAAUGCAACUGAAGAUGUACCAAAACGUACUCCCUUAGUAGGGGUUAAAGCCACUGACCCAGAGGGGGAUGAAGUAAGGUAUUCAUUAAAAGGAGACUCAAGACGCUGGCUACAAAUUGACUCAAAUAAUGGAGAAGUGGUUACUGCUGAUAAUAUGGACUUUGAGAUGGGGAUGAUGUACCAUGUAGAAGUUGUUGCUACAGAUCAAAGUGAUGAGCACCUUAGCAGUUCUGCUCAUUUACAAAUCUGGUUAAGUGAUGUUAAUGAUAAUGCUCCAAGACUAACAGGUAAUUUAGAAAAAGUGUUUUGUCAACCUCUACAAGAAAAGGGGAAGAUACAGAUUACAGCAACAGAUGAUGACACACCUUCAAACGGUAUACCACUGACCUUUACUCUUGGUGAUGCCCAAACUGGAAAUGACUGGGAGCUAUCGCAGCUUAAUGGCACACAUGCCAUGCUUUCCAUGAAGCACACUAAAUUUGUAGAAAACCAGUACAGCAUUCCAAUAAAAAUAAAGGAUAAUGGCAAUUUUCCCAGGGAAGAAACUUACAAUAUCCAAGUGAGUGUUUGCAAGUGCUCAAAUAAGUAUAGCUGUGAUACUGAUGCCAAGACCAAUGUGGGAAAGCCAUCUGUAGGAAUGGCAGUUGGAAUACUUCUUGGAACAUUGCUUGUUAUUGGUGUUCUUUUGGCAGCCAUAUUUUGCUACUUGAAAAAGAAGAAGAAGCCAGAACAAUUAAGCAUAAAGGAGAGUGAGCCUCUAAAGUCAUCAGAUCUUCCAUAGUGAAAGGAAAAGAAUAUUGUUUUAGCAGCUGGGGUACACUUGGUUACAGGACUCUGAGUGAAAGAGUAAAGCAUUAAUUCUGUACUGUAUGUGGUCAUUAACAGUAACCAGUUUAGGCAUAACAUGCCAUAAACUCACUCCCAUUAUCACUAUAUUUGUCCAAGUAUGUUUGGAAGUUUUCAUGUAUCCUUAAAACUGAUAAUAAUUUGCACAACUGUUUUAUAUGAAUAUUUAGCUCUUUUUUAUAUCAGUUCAGUUUUUAAAUGUGGACGGAUUACAUCCAUGCUUUAAUCAGGAAAUUAAAAUUCUGCUACAAAUC